AUGAUCGAAGAUACGGCAGCACUCGCUGCUGCCGCAGAGCUCAUCGCCUCCCUGGCCUGCGACCCUGCGUCUGCAUCUGCCUCUUCCUCGUUGAUAGGGCCCGGCUCCAGCAUCAAGCUACCAGGCCGUGAGAACCCUGCAAAACGGACCCUGGAGAUUGAGCUUGAGAAGCUCGCCCUACGCAUUUCUCAACUGGAGAGCAGAGCGUCCGCCUCGGCCAACACGUCCGUCUUCCCGGAGACGCCCAACGAAGUCAAUGAUACCCUCUUCAACGAUGAUGUUGACCCUGCUGUCAACGGCCGGCCCCCUGUGGCCCCCCAGCCACGGUUGUCCCAGGCUCAUCAAGGUAGCUUGGACAGUCCGAUUUUUGUAUCCCGCCAGCUGACCAAGGAAGCGCUGCAAGGACUGCGCGAUCAUGUUGACGACCAGUCCAAGCUCCUAGACAGCCAACGCCAGGAACUUGCUGGCGUUAACGCCCAAUUAUUAGAACAGAAGCAGCUUCAAGAGCGUGCCCUGGCCAUGCUCGAGCAGGAGCGGGUAGCCACGCUCGAGCGAGAGCUGUGGAAGCAUCAGAAAGCCAACGAGGCCUUCCAAAAGGCCCUCCGAGAGAUUGGCGAAAUUGUCACGGCCGUGGCCCGCGGUGACCUGACCAUGAAGGUCCGCAUGAACUCCGUCGAAAUGGACCCCGAAAUCACAACCUUCAAGCGUACCAUCAACGCCAUGAUGGACCAGCUGCAGACCUUUGCCAGCGAGGUGUCCCGCGUCGCCCGAGAGGUCGGAACCGAGGGUCUGCUCGGCGGCCAAGCCCGAAUUGGUGGUGUAGACGGCGUGUGGAAAGAGUUGACAGACAAUGUGCGAGAAAUUGCCUCCGUCACAACAGCCGUCGCUCACGGCGAUCUGACCAAGAAGAUUGAGCGACCAGCAAAGGGAGAAAUCCUGCAGCUCCAGCAGACUAUCAACACCAUGGUGGACCAACUCCGAACGUUUGCAUCAGAAGUCACGCGCGUAGCAAGAGACGUCGGAACCGAAGGCAUACUGGGUGGACAAGCUGACGUUGGCGGCGUCAAGGGCAUGUGGAAUGAUCUGACUGUCAACGUCAAUGCCAUGGCCAACAAUUUGACGACCCAAGUGCGCGACAUUAUCAAGGUCACCACAGCCGUCGCCAAGGGAGACCUCACGCAGAAAGUCCAGGCCGAAUGCCGGGGAGAGAUGUUCAAGCUCAAGUCCACCAUCAACUCCAUGGUUGACCAGCUGCAGCAGUUUGCUCGCGAAGUCACCAAGAUUGCCAGAGAAGUCGGAACGGAGGGUCGCCUGGGUGGCCAGGCCACGGUCCACGAUGUUGAGGGCACAUGGAGAGAUCUUACCGAGAAUGUCAACGGCAUGGCCAUGAACCUGACGACACAGGUGCGAGAGAUUGCCAAGGUCACCACCGCCGUGGCCCGGGGCGAUCUUACCAAGAAGAUUGGCGUCGAGGUCAAGGGAGAGAUGAUGGAGCUGAAGAACACCAUCAAUCAGAUGGUGGACCGCCUGGGCACGUUCGCCGUGGAAGUGAGCAAAGUGGCCCGAGAGGUCGGUACGGAUGGUACGCUUGGUGGCCAGGCCCAGGUGGCAAAUGUUGAGGGCAAGUGGAAGGACCUGACCGAGAACGUCAACACCAUGGCCUCGAACCUCACCGUACAGGUGCGGAGUAUUUCGGCUGUUACGCAAGCAAUUGCCAACGGAGACAUGAGCCAGACAAUUGAUGUGGAGGCAAGGGGUGAGAUAAAGGUGCUGAAAGAGACCAUCAAUAACAUGGUCUCGCGUCUGUCCAGCUUCUGCUACGAAGUCCAACGAGUCGCCAAAGAUGUCGGUGUCGACGGCAAGAUGGGGGCCCAAGCCGACGUGGCGGGACUCAAUGGACGCUGGAAAGAAAUUACCACUGAUGUCAACACCAUGGCCAGCAACUUGACUACUCAAGUGCGCGCCUUCUCUGAUAUCACUAACCUGGCCACCGACGGGGACUUCACCAAGCUUGUCGACGUGGAGGCCUCCGGCGAGAUGGACGAGCUCAAGAAAAAGAUUAACCAGAUGAUAUCAAAUCUCAGAGACAGUAUCCAGAGGAACACACAGGCCAGAGAGGCUGCCGAAUUAGCCAACAAGACCAAGUCCGAAUUCCUCGCAAACAUGUCGCACGAGAUUCGAACUCCGAUGAACGGUAUCAUCGGCAUGACGCAGCUCACCCUGGACACCGACCUGACCCAAUACCAACGAGAAAUGCUCAACAUUGUCAACGACCUUGCCAACAGCCUCUUGACCAUCAUUGACGAUAUUCUGGAUCUGUCAAAGAUUGAAGCUAGGCGAAUGGUGAUUGAAGAGAUCCCGUAUACGUUGCGAGGAACCGUCUUCAACGCACUAAAGACCCUUGCGGUCAAGGCCAACGAGAAGUUCCUUGAUCUUACCUAUAAGGUAGACAGCUCCGUGCCUGACUAUGUCAUCGGAGACUCCUUCCGUCUGAGGCAGAUCAUCCUGAACCUCGUCGGCAACGCCAUCAAGUUCACCGAGCACGGCGAAGUCAGCUUGACCAUCCAGGAGCAGGAAGACAAGCGGCAUGUCGGACCGGGCGAGUAUGCCAUCGAGUUCAUCGUCGAAGAUACCGGAAUCGGCAUUGCUAAGGACAAGCUCAAUCUCAUCUUCGACACCUUCCAACAGGCAGAUGGCUCAAUGACUCGCAAGUUUGGUGGCACCGGUCUCGGCUUGUCCAUCUCGAAGCGAUUCGUCAACCUCAUGGGCGGAGACCUCUGGGUGAACAGCGAGGUGGGCAAGGGAAGCGAGUUCCACUUCACCUGCCGCGUGAAGCUGGCCGACGUGCACGCCGAAAGCGUCCAGCAGCAGCUGAAGCCGUACCGCGGCCACCAGGUUCUCUUCGUCGACAAGUCCCAGUCGAACGCCGCCACGCACAUUGGAGAAAUGCUCGAAGAGAUUGGCCUGCACCCCGUCGUCGUCAAUUCCGAGAAGAGCUCGGCUCUCACUCGCCUGAAGGAAGGCGGCGCUCUGCCGUACGACGCCAUCAUCGUUGACUCAAUUGAUACUGCUAGGAGAUUGAGAGCGGUAGAUGACUUUAAGUACCUUCCUAUUGUCUUGCUGGCUCCAGUGGUUCACGUCAGCCUCAAGUCGUGUCUGGACCUGGGCAUCACGUCCUACAUGACGAUGCCCUGCAAGCUGAUCGACUUGAGCAACGGCAUGAUCCCCGCCCUCGAGAACAGGGCCACGCCGUCUCUUGCAGACGUUACCAAGUCCUUUGAGAUUCUCCUUGCGGAAGACAAUACUGUCAACCAGAAACUGGCCGUGAAAAUUCUCGAAAAGUACCACCAUGUUGUCACCGUCGUGGGCAAUGGCUGGGAGGCUGUCGAGGCUGUGAAGCAGAAGAAGUUUGAUGUGAUUCUCAUGGACGUGCAGAUGCCCAUCAUGGGAGGAUUCGAGGCCACUGGCAAGAUCCGCGAAUACGAACGAGGCAUGGGAACGCACAGGACCCCCAUCAUCGCCCUCACGGCGCACGCCAUGAUGGGCGAUCGCGAAAAGUGCAUCCAAGCCCAGAUGGACGAAUAUCUGUCCAAGCCGCUGCAGCAAAACCAGCUCAUCCAGACCAUUCUCAAGUGUGCCACCCUGGGAGGUGCGCUGCUCGAGAAGAACCGUGAGCGAGAGCUGGCGUUGCAGGCAGAGGCCAAGGCGUCUGGACGCAUAGACGGCGAAAGGGGCAUGCUGCGCCCAGGCCUCGAGGGCCGCUCCUUCACCACCAGGGAGCCCAUGACGAAGAGCAGGCCCUCGCUCACCAAGGCGACCAGCAAGGCGCUGGAAGAGGCGCGAAACGCAGCAGCAGCAAAUGCUGGCCUGAGAUUUACGGAAAUCACCGGCUUCAGCGCUGAGUUAAUGGAAGAGCUGGACAAUAUGGAGGAGGAGGAUUCUUUCUCAAAAGCGCGCGAAGAACUUGCCGACCGACGAAGCCUCUCGAGUUGA